CAUUUACCUAGUCCUACAUGUUACGUACCCUGUAACUGGGUUGUCAAACCAGCAGAAAUGGAACACUCGUUGGAGUCUGUGAUUACUAGAAACUAAGAAAGUUUUAUUCACAAAGAUUGUAAGGCAUUUUGCUACAUUAAAUCUUGAGUUGGAUCCAUUGGCUCUCAGUUGAUUACAGCUCGGUCUCGUGAUCUGUGGACCGCCUCCCAGCCUGCAGACUAUAAAGCCGAGCAGAGAGCGGGUUUGUUUUGUCCAGUGACCAGCUCGACACAGUGAAGCGAAAAUCCCGAGCAGCAGCAUGAGCAACACACCAGAAGAUUUGUUGAAAGAGAAGCUUAAUCAGCUUCAGUGUCACUUCACGUGGACCCCCAAGAAGGAAACCAUUGACUUGGAAGAUCUUAUGUAUAGAUUAGAAGAUGCUGUCCACUUUGCCAUCAAAUAUCAAGCCACAUCCUACAACCAGAUGGCUUUUGUGAACUGCUUGGAAGGUAAUCAUGAAGAAGCCAUUAAAAACUUAAAGGAAGCUGAAAGGAUUCUGAGGGAGAACCACAAAGAUGAAUUUGAAAGAAGAAUCAUCAUCACCUAUGGAAACUUUGCCUGGGUGCAUUACCACAUGGGACAGCUGACCGAGGCCCAGUCUUACCUCGACAAGCUGGAGGUGAUCUGUAAACCGCUCAGUGACGGCCCUCGCUAUACAGCAAUGAUCCCUGAGGUGUACGGGGAGAAGGGAUGGUCAUUGAUGAAGACUCGUGCUGAGUUCUAUGAGGAGGCAAAGGAAUGCUUUGCAAAGGCUCUGGAACAAGAUCCUGACAAUACUGAUUGGAUCAUGGGAUAUGCAACUGUACUGUCUCGUCUGGAAGCAUUUUCUGGAACAACAGAGCAUCACGAACGGAUUCAGUCAGUGAAGCACCUGCGACGAGUACUGGAGCUUGAUCCUGAUCACUCUCUGGCCAUGGUUCUGUUGGCCCUAAAACUGCAAAAGUUCAAUGCAAAGAAAGAAGCAAAUGAAUUGGUUCAACAGGCAUUGCAGAAAACCCCUGAUUUUCCAUAUAUGCUCCGCUAUGCAGCAAAAUUUUACAGAGUUCAGGGAGCUGUGGACAAAGCUAUUAAUCUGUUGAAGCAUAUAUUAGAAUUCACUCCAAAAUCCUGUUUCGUACAUCACCAGCUGGGUAUGUGUUACAGAUCUAAACUCAUGCCAUGGGCAGCCGAUCCAUAUCACACACGUCUUCAUUACCAUGCACUUCGACACAAAACUGAGUUGAUUGAACAAUGUAAAUACCACUUUGAAAAGGCCUGUGAGUAUCGUAAAAGGUCAUCUAUUCUACCACAUUUGGAUCUUGCAGACCUCUAUGUAAAAAUUGGAGACCACUCUAGAGCAGAUGAAAUCUACAGUUUUCUUCUGAAACUAAAAGAUAUUCGCCCAGAAAAUAUUCAGGUGGUAUGUUUACGUGCUGGAUCGUUUGAACUGUAUCACAGAGGUUCUGAAUCAAAUGCCACCAAGCUAUUCCUAAAAGGUUUGAAGAUUGAAUAUAACUCAAGUGAACGGAAAAAAUGUCAUUAUGAACUGGAGAAGUGGGCAGAUAGGAAACUUUGCAGGAAUCCAUAUGACAGCAAGGCCCUUGGUAUCAAAGGGUUACUGUUUCAGCAGAGUGGGAACAAGGCUAAAGCUAUUCAAUACUUUGAAGAGGCUUUGGAGACUGAUCAUGAUAAUGAAGACUAUCUGAGUGCUCUUUGGGAAUUACGCCUUUCCUUGAAGGGCCAAAAUGAUGCUUGAAAGAAACAAUGAUUCUGUCUGAUCUAAGGAGUUGUUUUGUGACACCUUUGUUUCACUUAAUGUAUUCAUGUAGCACCUUCUUCAAAUGAGAUAUUACUAGUGAAAUCUCAAAAAUACCCUUAUUGCAACCAGUCUCAAUCUCUCUGCUGUAUUGAAGAAUGCUGAUGACUGAAGUAUACGAAAUAAAUCGCAUUGGUUCUACAAUUUUACUCCUGACUUACUUGACUCCAUAACUGUGAGGUGAAGCAAGGUUGGAUAUAAGAAAUUAUUCUAAAUGGAGCCAAAUGCACAAACCUGUGAAAGAACCUUUUGCACAUUCCUACCGUACUUCAUCUCUUUUACUUGCUAAUCCUGAGGUGUAUUCUGCAUUUCAGUUUGUAACACAAAUCCUACUGAAGACAUGUAGAUUUUGAAGAAUGAUAAAGACCAUUUUCAAAUGGACACGUCUUGCAUAAAAGUUUCACGGCAAAGAUUGGAUCUGAGUAAAUUACGUGAAAGGGACACAAGCAAAUUCUUUACAAUACCUAUCCAGUCUGCUGACAGCACCUACAACUGCUUCAAAAGGCAGUGCAACAGCUAAAAAUUUUUCAAUCUCGUCUUCAAUCUCGGGCAGAGUGGUUAACUCAGCGGUCCCCAACCACCGGGCCGCAAAGCUUGCGCUACUGGGCCGUGAGGAAAUGAUAUGAUUUGGCCAUAUGAGUCAGCUGCACCUUUCCUCAUUCCCUGUCAUGGCCACUGUUGAGCCAUUACGCACGUGAGGUCAUUAUCUGCGAGUCAUCCAUGUCAGCACGGGAAGGAGACCAACUCCUCGAGCUUGCAAGUGACGGUGGGCUGAAAGUAUGUUUGACAUAACAUCUCUGCCGGAAUUCUGGAUCAAAGUCAAGGCUGAAUAUCCUGAGAUAGCCACGAAAACACCGAAAACGUUGCUUCCAACAUAUUUCUGCGAAGCGGAAUUUUCUGCAAUGAAUGCAACGAAAACUAAAUUGCGAAAUAGACUGGACAUGGGGAACCCCCUUUGAGUAUCGCUGUCUCUCAUCACCCCUCGAUAGGACCGUCUUGUUGCAGGAAAACAAGCCCAGGGCUCCCACUGAUUCAGCGAUAUUGGUGCGUUGCAAUGAUUUUACAUGUUCAUACGGGGAAAAUAUGUGUUGUGUGUUUAAUAUCCAAACGUUACUUAAAAUGUUAUGAUGCUAUUGGCUUAUAUAACAAUUACAGCACAGAAACAGGCCAUCUCUGCCCUUCUAGUCCGUGCCGAACGCUACUCUCACCUAGUCCCACCGACCUGCACUCAGCCCAUAACCCUCCAUUCCUUUCCUGUCCAUAUACCUAUCCAAUUUUUCUUGAAAUGAUAAUAUCGAACCUAUUUCUGCCACUUCUACUGGAAGUUCGUUCAACACUUACUUCAAGCUCCCCUGUCCUCCCCUGAUAAUUGACUUAUCACUAUAUUCAUGCGAGGAAAAUAUGCGCUGUGUGUUUAAUAUUAAAUUCAUUAGAUAAACCCUUUUAGAAACAAAACUGAGUGUAUUAGCCACUUAUCACCUAUAUUCCAGUCGUGAUUAACACCCCCCCCCCCAGAACAGAAUCGCCAAAAACGAUUUGCGGGGAAAAAAAAUCGGCAGGCGCAUGCGUUGGCAGGUUACGCAUGCGCACUGGUGCCCGCGCAAGGCUUCAUGGUCAUUGUAGUCUUUCUCGGGGUAAACACAACGUAUUUGACUGCUACUCUUGUCCGUUGGUAACCCUACCUCCCCACACCCAGUCGGCCGGUCGGCCGGUCCGCAAGAAUAUUGUCAAUAUUAAACCGGUCCGCAGUGCAAAAAAGGUUGGGGACCCCUCGGUUAACUGCCAAGGACUUGGUCUGUAACCACAAGGCACCAGGAUAACAUAGCAGUUGGUGUGAUGCUAUUGCAACUCGGAGCAUUGGAGUUCAGACUUCAGUGUUUCCUCCCACAGUCCAAAGACGUACAAGUUAGUGGGUUAACUGGAUACUGUAUAUUGUCCUGUGAUUAAGCUAAAGUUAAUUAGGUUGAUUGUUGUGUUGUAAAAGCCGGAAAUUGGAACUAGAUGGGAGAAUAGUUUAGCUCAUGGUGGAGUGGCAGAGCAGACUCGAUGGGCCGAAUGGCCUACUUCUGCUCCUUUGUCUUGUGAUCUUGUGCAGUACAACUCGCUGGGGUGGUAGGACCUGUAUUGUGCUAUAUCUCUAAGUAAAUAUUAACAAUUAAGCCCAGAUCGGAAAUGCCCGUGGACUCAUUUAUGCAACCAGAUGAGUAAGGUCAAGCAUUUGACUGGUCCACCGAUAACUGAGCAUUGAUUUCUAAGAGGCAAUUCCCAUAAUUAGACAGAGCAAAUUAGCUGCUAGUUUGAGGUGGCUGCUGGUGAGAUGUUUGUAAUCAGAGAGAGGGUAUUUACUGCAUGUUUGAGAUCAGCUAAGCUUGUGUUCCACAGGUUUUGAGUUCAAAGUCCAUUUCUUAUCAAAGUGUGUAUACUAUAUGCAACCUAGAGAUUCGUCUAUUUACAGGCAGCCACAAAACAAAGAAACCCAACAGAACCCCAUCAAACAAAAAGACCAUCAAUGUGCAGAAAACAAAACAAGACAUGCAAACAAUAAAAGUAAGCAAAUAACAUUCAGCACUGAAGUUCACUAAAGUGGGUCCACAGCCACAAAGGCAGCCUUCACUGCAGUUGAUCCAGGAGCUGGAUAGUUGCAGGCCGCAGCCUCAGUUCAGAGAUGAGUAAACCUCGCUGAGCAGUGAGCUGAACACCGGCCCAUCUGUCACCUCCAGCCCCGACACACUGACCUUUUCAAUUUGGCCCAGCACUUAAAUCGGCUGAACCUUUGGUUGUCCCUCACACUCAGGUCUGGGCCCUGCCACUUCACCUCUGCCGGCUUGCUUUGGUUCUGCUGCAUUGAAUCGCCUCCAAGUCUGCACCAACAAUGGCCAAACAUUGGCUCAUUUCCCACUCAAAAUGCCUUAGCCCCACCAGCUCGUUCGGCCUGUACCCACCAUGCUGCAUACAGGGGUGCAAGAGCCCUUAGAAUACAAGCCUUUGUUUACAAGAUGCCAAGCUGCGGUCUCUGAUUAGGUUACGGCUCAGACUUUGUCCUUCUUCCCAGUUAUUAGGGAUGGGUUUGGGGACAGAGAAGGUUUGUGAUCGGAAUAGGGUUUAGAGACAGAGAUGCGGAGGGUAUUAGAUGUCAGGCUGAAUCUGAACCCCUGCUUCCCACUUGAAAGCCAAUGAUAAGAACACAGGACACCCAUGGUCAGAUGUCAGGCCUGUGGACCAGUACAGAUGAGGACUGAUGGCCCUCCGCCCCAUAGUCUGACCAAGGGCUACUUUCCUAGAUGGAGGUUAUCAUGUCACAUUGAUUCAGACCAAGGGUCCGAGAGACACUUCGCUGGAAGUGUCUGGCGGAGAAUUACAUUGGCUGAUGAACGUUGAGCGGUCUUUCCAUUAUCCACAUCAUCCAAAGUCAUCUGGACAAGUUGAAAGAGUGAAUGGAAUCAUCAAGCAAUAACUGACUACGUAUCAUGAAGAGGGGAAACCAUGGCCAACGGCCCUUCCUAUGAUUCUGUGUCAUAUCACAGCAACUUCAAAGAAGGAAACUAAAUUGAGUCCAUUCACGGUAGUAACAGAAUAACCAAUGUCUCUACCAGUGUACCUAUUCAUAAGGACAAUCCGAAAGGCUGUAAGACCAUAAGACGUGAAUCAAGCCCAUCUAGUUUUUUCCACCAUUCCAUCAUGGCUGAUUUGUUAUCCCUCUCAGCGCCCUUCUCCUACUUUCUCCCCGUAACCUUUGAUGCCCUGAGUAAUCAAGAGCCCAUCAAUCUCCGCUUUAAAUAUACUCAAUGACUUGGCCUCCUCAAAUCUGGUUCAUUACACAAUGCCAAUCCAAUAUUGCCUUUCCCCUACUGGGCUCAACCACAAGCUGCUCUAAAAAGCCAUCUUUUAGACAUUCUACAAUUUCCCUCUCUUGGGAUCCAGCACCAACCUGAUUCUUCUAAUCUGCACGCAUUGUUUUCCCAUCGAAAACAGUACAUCCUGGCUACUGUUUGUAACUCCCUUGCAGAUUUUUAACUCUACCCACAAGGAUUCUACAUCUUCUGAUCCUGUGUUACCGUCUUCUAAAGAUUUAAUUUAAUUUUUUUAACCAGCAGAGCCAUCCCACCCCCUCUGCCUGUCCUUUCAAUACAAUGUGUGUCUUUGAAUGUUCACCUCCCAACUAUAGUCUUCUUUCAGUCACAACCCAGUGAUGCCCACAUCGUCAUAUCUACCAGUCUAAAACUGCACUACGAGAUCAUCUACCUUAUACUGCAUGCAUUCAAAUAUAACGCUUUCAGUCCUGUAUUCAUCGCCCUUUUCAAAUUUGCCCCCAUGUUACACUUCACUUCAUCCCACUGACUGCAAGUUUGCCCUGUCAUCUGCCUGUCUUUCCUCACACUCUCACCACACACUGCAUCUAAUUGUAUACCAAUUGCCCCAUCCCCAGCCCUAUCACUCUGGUUCCCACCCCCCCCGUCAAAUUAGUCUGAACCCUCCCCAUGACAAUAGAAUAUUCUAUAAAUACUAUUGAUGCUUUCAUAACUUGGGGUGCCUCUGAAUUUCAGAUAUAAUUCUAAACAUGUGAUUUAGAAUCGGGAGGGUGGGGAAUGUUAUAUUAAAGUAUAGAAUUGUUAUUUCAUUAUUGUGUGCUUCCUUGUAUUUUUAUAAAAUCACUUACCGUAUAUACAUGCAAUUGUUCAGUGGAUUUUCCAGUAAUUGUAGUAUAAUUGUAUCGGUAUUUUCCAGAAGCUUCUCUGUUUUCAGUAGCAGGUAUCGUACCAUUUGAACAAGGCUAUUUUAUAGGUUAAUUGUUAUCACUGGAAUUUGUGUUUUCCCUAGUCUGAGUUUGAGGUGAUAACGAAUGAUUUUUUUCUUUGUUUCCUCGGCUCCUCUUUCUUGCUUGUUUUUCACUCUUGUAACAUUUAAUAAAACAAUUAUAAGCAAUAAGUUUUAUGCCUCAUUCUUGACUUCUGAAGAACCUUUAGGUCACAAAGGUAUCAGGUUCCAACAG